ACAGUUAGAUUCAUGGUUAUAGUCGCUCUCAGACUUCUUUCUGAUGUCAUGAUAUGAUACGCUACCAAAACAUAACCUCAAAGUCGUUCAUUACCUGUCAUUGUAUGUACAUUGUUACGUGGUGAUUUAAUCGAGUGAAAAUGUCCUUAAAAAGAAAAUUGACGCAGGAUGAUCUUCGUAAGGCGAUGAAUGAACACAAAAAGAAACUUGGUGCAGUUAAGAAAAUUGAGUCGCCGUUGGCAAGAUAUCCUUUUUAUAUUCUGUAGCGCAAUUUGAGGUUAGCACAUUCAGGACAGCUUAUGUGCAUUUUAUGCAAGUCAGUUAUACGCAAUGAAACAGUUUGGCCUGUUCAUUUAAAUUCUAAGGUACACAAGGAUAAUGUUACGUUAGCAAAAAAGACUAAAUUAGAAACGGAAAGUACUGUGAAGACAUCUAAUGUUCAAACAUUCAAGAGACCUCCCUCUCCAUCUCAAAACACUUCAGCGAACAAAAAGAUAAAAGGAAUAUUGAAAAAUUCCAACCAGCCAGUAGUACAGGUCAAGUCAACUUUACCGGCAGAUUUUUUUGAUGAUAAUUCAAAGCAAGUUAAUGUUGCAUCCACUGGGAUGCAAAAGUUAGAGAACAAAGAAAGAGAUUCCACAGUUAGUGCAAUGGAGAUACAACAUGUGGAAGAAGAAAAAGAGAAAGAAAAAGAAAAAAUAAAGGAUAUAAAUCCAGCUACUCUUCCAGAAGGAUUUUUUGACGAUCCUGUGAUGGAUGCUAAGGUUCGUAACGUUGAAUACAAAGAUCCCAUUGAAGAAGAAUGGGAGAAAUUUCAAAAAGAAAUUAAGGAAGAAACUGCUCAAUCUGCACAAAUUAUAGCUGAUGAUCAGGAGGAAGCUACAACGGAAAGGCAAAUGGACGAAAUUGAGGAACAAAUUAGACAUUGGUCUAGGGUAAUGGAUCUCGCAAAACGUAUGGAACAAGUGCAGGGUACUGAUAGAAAACAAGAAAAUAAUGAUGGUGAUGCAUCAAGUGGUGACGAAGCUGAAUUCGAAGAAUUUCUUGACUGGCGAGCAAAAAAUUCAUAUAAAUGAAUGUUUUAUGUACCUAACAAUUUUGUAAAUAUUACUCAUCCUUUUUAGUAGAUUUAUUUGUAUAAAUUGGUAAGUUUUUUCUUAAUUAGUGUACAUUUAAU